GACAUGCUGUGUGUAAGUGCUGUCAGACCAGGAUGCAGCAGCUGCUGUUCAGAGAGAAGGGGCUCCCAACAAAUCCAAGGCCUUCAGCACAUGGAAGCAGUGACUACAGCAGAGCAGAGACAAGGCAUCCCGUUUGGAGCUGCCACAUCCUAUGUACAUCUGGAGAAGCUGUGUGAAGGAUCCUGUGCAACUGUAUACAAGGGGAUCAGCAGGAUCAACAGCCAGGUGGUGGCACUGAAAGUGAUCAAGCUGGAGGCAGAGGAGGGAGUGCCCUUUACAGCCAUUCGGGAAGCUUCUCUUCUCAAGUGUUUGAAACAUGCCAACAUUGUACUGCUUCAUGACAUUAUCCAGACCAAGGAGACACUAACAUUUGUCUUUGAGUACAUGCACACAGAUCUAGCACAGUACAUGGGCCAGCAUCCUGGAGGACUCCAUUUGUGCAAUGUUAUGCUCUUCAUGUUCCAGCUUUUGCGUGGCCUGGCUUACAUCCACCAACAACACAUUCUUCACCGAGAUCUGAAACCCCAGAACUUGCUCAUCAGUUGCCUCGGUGAGCUCAAAUUAGCCGACUUUGGCCUUGCUCGUGCUCAGUCCAUCCCCAGACAGACAUACUCUUCUGAAGUUGUGACACUCUGGUACCGUCCUCCUGAUGUGUUGCUUGGAGCUACAGCUUAUUCUUCUGAUAUAGAUAUCUGGAGUGCAGGCUGUAUAUUCGUGGAAAUGAUCCAGGGUCAGCCAAUAUUUGCAUCAACUUCUGGUACUCAUGAGCAACUGGAGAAGAUCUGGGCGGUAUUGGGGGUCCCAACUGAAGACACCUGGCCAGGGCUUUCCAAGCUCCCCAACUAUAACCCAGAACUGGUUGCUUCCAGGAGACCUCAGAGACUCCGAGUCAUCUGUGACAGGAUGAGCAGGGUGCCAGCAGCAGAGAAUUUGGCCUCCAGGAUGCUCACAGCCUUCCCUCGAGGCCGAAUCUCUGCACAAGAUGCGCUUCUUCAUAGCUUCUUCAGCCCUCUGCCUCCUCAGCUCUAUCAGGUUCCUGCUGGACAAUCAGUGCUCACAGUUCCAGGGGUGAGACUGCAACCUGAAAUCUGUGACCUGUUUGCUUCUUACCGAAAAGGCCGUGUCUCAGGAGGUUUGAGCAAGUUUUGGUAGAAAUCGUGGACGAUUGAAAAAUUGUUGGAAAGCAACGUCAGAAGGAUUGACUUGGCAACGAAGAGGCAACAGCACAGUCUGGACACUGGACUUGCAGAAUAUACUCAGCCAUGUGUCACUUAAUAGAGAGCUCCCUGGACCAGAAGAUCGAUGUACAAACAGGACAGAUGGGGACUGACAAUUGAAAGAAUGUAGAGGCUCAUCCAAGGCUUACAGAGACCUGUCAUUCCUGGGGUAUGCCUACAAUCUCCUUCAACAAAAGAGCUCCUGAGGGAAGGAGGGGAUUAGUCAAAAGUUGAGUGAAGUCUCCAGGGAAGAUGGUUUCUUGGAUAGAGUUGUCAACAAAAGGAAUUGUUUAAGACUAUUUGUGAUAAUUUCCUAGAGGGAGCUUCUGCCAUUACUAACAGGAUUACCAGCAUACUGGUUCCACCCCAGCAGAGCAUUAGACAUGUGCAUUGCAGACUGGUUGCUUAGAGCUGAAUUCAGGGGUCUUAUACAGCAUCCCAAAUGUGUGCAGGUGUUGAUGAGCAGAGGGGAGAUGGCAGAGAAUUAAGAUGCAGCCAAAUGCAGUCCAUUUUUGGUCCAGCUGUUGCAGAGAGUCCUGGCUCAUUAAUGAGUUUCCACAGUGUUUUAAUCUCCUUGAUCUCAAGGCUGCUGACAGACCAUAAGAAGGAAAGCUAAUCUGAGGUGAGUGCUGCUGGGGAUACAUGGGGAAAUCAGAGACCUCUUUCCCAACUGCAGUUGCUGUGAAAUUUCUCAUAGAAUUUUUCCUGGAAGAAUUGGGAAAGCAAGUAAUUUACUGCAUUCAAGUACUAGUCUGCUUGGUUUCAGUUAUCUCGGAUACUUUUUCUUAGCUCUGGGACAUAGAAACCAGUAGCCUUGGUGUAACCUACAGUACAUCUGGGAAGAAAACGAAGACAAAGAUAAAUCACUGAGGUGCAGACAGACAAACCUUCUUGAAUAUUUUUAUUAAUCUGAGUAGUGUCACUGGCAUGGCUGGGAGAACUUCUCUGAGCAAGAAUUGUGCAGAGCUUUGAGGCGCUGGAACAAAACCAGUCAAAGAGCCAUGGGUGGCAGCCAUAGAAACAGCUGAAAGGUGAGCUUUUAGUUAAGAGAGCUGCAUCUCCAGCCCCACUCUAGUCCAUCGUUUACCAAACACACACUGCAGAUCUGGGCAGGAAGCAGCACAACAGUUUAUGUUCCCCGCCGCCCUUGCUACAGACAUAAUUUCAGGAAUGUAUAGAUUAGCUACAUUAAGGGGGACAUAGACUAUCUGCAGGCACUGCUCAGUUAAGAGGACAAGAUUUUCCUUAGGUUCUGUUCCAUAAAAUUCUCUGCCUUAAUGAAAAGGCAAGCUAUGUCCCAAAAGUCUUUCUACCUCUAGAUUGCAUGGACUUGGAUCUCCCAAACAUCAGCCACUCUCAAUGACCUGACCUCCCUUUGCAAUACUGAACAGAGCAGCUGUACAUGAUGCCCAAGUUGGGGUAGGGGUUGUUUUGCAUUGCUUUUGCAUUCUUGGAGAUGUCUGGACUAAGAGCAGUGAAGAAGCAGGAGCUCCAGGGCCUGCAGUGGGGUGGUUGUGGCUGAAUGUCUGCUCCUAAUUGAGAACAACUAAAUGUUCAAGAUAUGAACAUAUCUUGAAUCCUUAAAUGAAAGGAUUUGUUAUGCAUGGGCAGUGAGGGAUCUAAUGAUGAGAACUGAGUCACUUUUCCUCAUGGUCUAUCCAGAGCAUCAAUUGUAAAUUUCUUCUGCCCUGGAGCAGUGGGACAGAAUGGCUUUGCUGUUUUACAUAGCUGCCACCCCAUAAUGGCCAUGCCAUUGCUAAAUUUAGCCAUAUGCUAAAUUGCCAAAGAGUCAAAUGAUACCUUAUAAUUCUGUAUCUAGAGGGGCAGAAAGCCAGGAUGACCCUGGAUAUGCUGCAACCCAGAAGUCUUCUGUUCAUUAACUCAACAUUGUAGGCCCAAUGCCUAAAGUAUGCCAGAUCAGAGAGAAACUGACUCUGAACCACUCCUCAACUAAUGGGAAUACUAUUUACAUCAGGAGUACCAUCUCAGUAGAUUUUCCAUCCCCUGGCCUGCACAAUCUCAGGGGCAACAGCCUUCAGGGAAAAUGGCUGUAGUGUUGGAAUGAGUCAGAAAGAGUAGGUAACAAGAAACAUGUCUGAAUCCAUGUACCAAGUUAGUGCCACCCAAAAAGGCAGUUCUGCUUCCCCCGUUUCCCUCCCUGCUUCAAGCUUUACAGUCUUUCUCUUUUUCUCUCUGUCACCUUUGUAAGCCCUUGAAGAACUGAUUUAAUUGACUAAACAGAUGGAAGACUAUGAACUCUUUUGCUGAGUUAGUUUUUCAUUGUUUUAGUGAGCUGAAUCAGAUUAUGCAGGGAGAAAAGUACCAGACUUAAUCUGGUACUAAUGGUUGAGUGGGAAGUAGGAAAGGAGGAGGUGGAAAAAUCCAUAAAGUUCAUAUUCUCGUAUCUCCAGCCUACUCACAUCUAGUUCCUGUGGUGUGAUCAUUCCCUGUCACAUUUGAAUGUCUGAUGUUGUUUUGAGAUAAUAACUGAAUGGGUUCUGGCAAGUAAUUGCUCAGUACUGCUGUCAUUUAUGUGGGCCCAUCUCAAAUCCAAAUGUUUGCUGUUGAACACCUCACAAAAACUCCCAGAUGUUAGCAGAGAGGUGCAGGACUGACCUUUCCUUUUUUUUUUUUUCUUUUUUUUUUUUUUUCCCCAGAGAAUACUUUCUUUUGGCAGGGGCAGGAUGGUCUGGUAAAGCAGGUGAGAGUUUAUAAAGUGCAUGUAAAUGGAGAUCAUUGUGCGUAGGGGUCAUCAAACUGUUUCUUCUCACCACCUAAUAAAAAACCAAAAACAAAUCUGAGGUUUUUGAGAAAUCCUUUAACAUCCUCCUUUAUGUUAAGAGAAGUUAACAUCAGACUUAAAUAUUUGCUUUAAAAACAUCUGGAAGUAAAUGAAAUAACUUCUUUCCCAGGCAAGGAUUCUGUUUUGUUUCAGCCUGGAGU